AUGGUAUUUGAACCUCCUUCUGAGCUUUUAUCCCUUGGAAUUUCAAGCUGUAAGGAGCUAAGAAAGGCAGAAAGAACAAACAAGUUUGUCCAUUUUGAAGAUGGCUUUCCUACAGAGGCUCUUAUUAGCCCUGCUUAUCAUAGCAUGCACCAUGGGAUCAGAGAUGGAACUAGUUCUCGGGGACCUUGGCACCGCCACUUCUUACUCUCCUCCAUACACACGUACGUAGUGAACAAUUCUCAGUUGAAUCAUCAUGCCGCUACCUCUCCUUGCACGUCGUGCAUUGUGAGGGUAACGAUUACUGAGCGACACACCCUUCUUAAGGCGUUACUCGCCCUUUAA